AUUGCAUUGGAUUAAAGUAUACAUUGAUAAAAACAUUAACAGUGUAAUUAAAUGUUUGUGGUUAUUUACAAAUUUUAAAAAUGGAUUCAGAAAACGAAAAAUAUACACAAGAUAAAAGAAUGCCUUGCAAAUAUGGUAAAAAGUGUUAUCAAAAAAACCCGGCUCAUCAUGAAAAGUACAAACACCCUACAAGUAUCAAUACCGUAAACAGAACAAAAGACAAACACUUCACACCUGCAUUAAAGAAACUUAAAACGAAUACGAAAGCAGUUACAUCAAAAACUGAAUCAGACUCAGAUGAUAACGAAUACCACAUAGAUGACUCCAGUUCUGACACCAGCUUAAAUAACCAGAAAGCUAAUAAUGAUGUGUCCGAUUCCGAGGAUGAAACGCAUCCUGAUGCUCCAGAAAAUAUUGCAGAAAUUAUUUCUGAACAACCCGUUGCAGAAGAAUCACACCAAAAUUCAUCACUUUCAGAAGAAUCGAAAGAAACUGUUCGUUCUUUAGAAACAGAAGAGGAAUGUUCAAGUUUUAUUAAGGAUAAGUUUCUGGUUACGAUGCCAGAUGAUUUUUAUCAAUUUUGGCAUUUCUGUAACAAAAUUAAACCUAAUAAUCCACUAGAAGCAUUGAAGGAAGUGGGAUUGUAUUUGGUUGGGCCUUUCGAUGUACUUGCAGGCAAAUUUUCCAAUACAAAUAAAUCUGAAGCCGAUUAUUUAGUUCAUUGGAGGUAUUUUAGAGAUCCACCCGAGUUGCAAACAGUAUUAAGAAGCGAUGAUCCAAGUGGGUAUCACAUUGGUUAUUUUAGAGAUUCACCCAGUCAAUUGCCUGUAUUACUAGUAUCUAAUUAUGCAAAAAAGAAUGGAGUAUUGACUCAAAUGGGAGGGAAUAUAUUUUCUGCCGUUAAUAUUUUCUUAGAGGAUUUAAAGAAAAGUGGCAACCCAUUUAAGAAAAUGGCAAUAGGAAAAAUCCAAACGUCUUUAUUAAAAGAUUCUGAUAGACUUGGCCUAGAUAUGUCUAAAAAAACUAAAGAUAUGGUUACAAGAGAAAAGAAAAUCGUAACGAGAACGUUUAACAAAAUAGGUUUAGUCGUCCCGAUGGACAAGAAAACGCAAGUAGGAUAUCGUCCGCUAACAUUUGACAACAAAACUUUGGAUAAAUACCUAACGAAACUUCAAAAUGCUAAUACACAGAAUGAUAAAGAGCAGGUAUUAUCUGAGCUACAGCCGGUUUUCACCUUCGCUAGCAUCGCUACUGAUGAAUGUGAUUUUGGAACAGGCAUCGAGCUCGGCUGGAACAUAAUUAGUCACGGCAUUGAUUCCCUAAAUGGUACAGCCGAACGAUUUUUGGUGACUAAUUACAAGCUAUUAAAUAUGGACCAAUUCGCUAAAAUAGCUGAAGCUCAUAUGAGAAAUAGGAGGGAUACUUUAUAUUUAAGCAUUUUAUAGUAGUAAUUUUUUAGUACUGGUUUUUUUAUACGAAUAAAAUUGUUUUUUG